AUGGCGUCCAGAGGUGGCUCCGCGGGGUCCGCUCGUCCGCGAUCUCGUCGCUCCAUCGCCCAUGUUCCCCGAUCUAAAUUGACGGCUGGACUUGAGAAAGAAAAUACUAUCGCCGACAUCAGCUCCUCGCAGCCUGUUGCACGGUUCGCGAAACUGCCGGGUAAAGAUAAGAAGUCCCGUAGUAAGAGCUUGGGACCGGGCGGUUUAGAUGCGCUCCAAGACUCCAAUGGCAACCGACGCAAGUCGACCGCAGCUUUGCCGCUCAAGUCUAUCCUGAAGCCUACUGUUCCCGUGUCUCCAGUUCGCAAUAUACCUUCGUUCGAAGAAACGCGCAAACGAACCCCCGCCAGAGGCGCGCCCCAGAGUAACGACGGCCGAGGUGCGAACAAUGGUAGUCAAGGCCUGCUGAUAGAUCUCGAUACCCCCGCCCAACCUUCAGCGCCGUCGAGCUCUGAAGAACGCGCCAACCCGUUCGAUGGAUUCAAUGCAGAGGCGAUUCGCGAUGAAAUGGCCGCGGUGAGAGAACGGGAAGAACAGGAACGACGGGAACGAGAACGGAAAGCAAUUCUACAACAGAGAGAAGCCCGCCGCAAGUCUAUGGCAAACCGCCGAGUAUCUUUCGCGCCCGAGGCAACAUUGCACACAUGGAAUGUGGUGGAAAUUCCCGACGACUCGACUUCUUCCUCUACUUCGAAUUCUACCCGACGCGCCUCGAAUUUAGCGAACACCGAAGCACAAGAACCUGCACAAGCGCCACAAGCCGAACCGGCGUCAUCACCUAACAGCUAUGCCGAGUCCGACAUUGCCUUUUCUCCCGUCCAAUACCCGGACCUUGAGCGACUGAAAAAUGGCCCAACGCACCCCGGAUACGAUGCAGUGGGAUCGUCUCAAGAUAUGUCAUCAAGUCCCUUCAGCGGAAGCUCCAUGGAUGGCACGGAAGACGUUGGGAUGCAGGAUUCUGCUAGGGACGAUGAUGACGAUGACGAUGACGACAACUCGUCUACCUCCGGCUUCGAGGGAGAAAGCACAGCGAUGAGCUUGGACGAUAUGACGGUGCGGUCCGCCGCGACAGUGCAAUCCGAUGCCUCUGAGAGCACCACCUCCAGUAAUCGGUUAAACGACGCUCUACGACAGGCCGCUCGAGAGGCAGGAACGCAAAGCUUCGAUGACGACGAGGACGGAGACAUGUCGAUGGAAAUUGCCGACCAAGAAAUAACUGGAGCGUUUCAACCUUGGAUCAAGAAGGGUGAGAGACAAAGUUUUGACUGGGAAGACAUAAGUGCCCGCCACGACCAGGAAAAUGUUGAGCCGGCCAACCCAGCCGAGGAUGACAACGCGUUCACCGAUGCGGUUAGUGAGAUGGGAGAAGAUGAUCUCAGUAUGGAGGUUACAAACGCCAUUGGAGGUAUUCUCUCUAAGUCACCUGGUCGUCGUAAGAGCGUCGCCCGUCGCAAGUCCACAUCCGAGGAGACCAGCUACGACGAACAAACAAUGGAGCUCACCAACGUGGUGGGAGGUAUUGCACAGGCCCCUUCUCCUGCGAAAUCUAUCGGUGCCGAAAGCAAUAAUGAGGACGAGGAGAUGACUAUGGAGUUCACGUCUGUUGUCGGUGGAGUGCUGAAGAAAUUUGCUCCGGGUUAUAACGCCAAUGAGGAAAACAGCGCCCAGCCAGAAUCUGCUGAUGCAGAAGUUCAAGGGCAGAAUUUGUCUGGAUGGGAUAAUGACGACGACGCCAUGGAAGAAGGCACAGAAAUGGAGAUAACUGGGGCUGUUGGCGGCAUACUUCCAGCAGAUGAAGAGCCAAAUGACCUGUCGCAGGAAGAAGAAGGAGGCAAUGAUGCCGACGCUGAUGAUGAUGAUGAUGAUGAUGACGAGGACCAGACCGCUGGUAUGGAAGUUACCACAGCGAUGGGCCAAAUCCUGCCCCCUGAAAUGGAAGUCGGUGACAAGGAUCAAGCGAAAAAGGUGAUGGAGAUGGAAUCCGACGCCGGUCACCUGGGUAGCUCUCCCUUCCAAGAAAGCGCGCGACAGUCUCCCGCCAAAUCCCCCGUCUCUUUUCACGUCGCCGCUGUUGCCUCAGAGAGUGGUAGCCCUAGCUUGGCAAGUGUACGCUCUCGACGAAUGAGGCAGAGCCUGAGCCUUGGGGCGCCAAAUACGCCAACUUCUCAAACGCCUGAGAUGCCACCAUCAAAGCAGUCUGUAACGCCUCCCAAACAAUUGACGCCGCAAGUCAGUCGCCCAGAGACCCCCGGCAAAACUCCUCCAUCAAGUAAUAGGAAGUUCCCUAGUGCAUCUCCCAAGAAGUUGUUCCAACCCGAGCUUCAAGAGUCAGUUAGCAAACCAAAAUCACCUGGCCGCAAAAGUCUGUUUGGUGCCAGUGCAACGGGAGAAUCGACGCCUCUCUUCAUUCUUCAGCCCCAUAGAAAGAGACAUUCCUCCGGGCUUGGAAUCGAUAAGGAAGGGCUUGGAUCUCCCCGGGUGGCGGCUAUGUUGGACAAACGUCGAACAAUCGGCGAUGAAGCCCCGGAGUUCGUUCCUCAGAAACAAUCGCACCAGGGAGUGCGCUUCGAAGAUCCUGUGAAGCUCCACGAAGAAGUUGACCGCGAGCGCGAGGAAGAGGAGAACCGAGAGGACGGUCACAUUCCACCUCUUCAAGACGCGACAGCCAAUUUGAAAGACAUGAUUUCAAGCCUCACGCCAAAGAAAAACAAACUCAAAGGCCGGAAAAGUCUACAUGUCGGUGCAGCUCGUGGUCUUCUUGGAAAACGACCGGCAGAGCUGGAUCAAGACGAUGAGGAGCUGGACAAUACCCCUAAACGUUUGAGGAGUGCUCAAGCCAGCCCGGUUAAGAGCAUCAAACUUCCUGCGCCUCCGACGAAGGAUGAGACCGUGGGCCGUCGGUCGCCUCGGAAGACCAUUGGCACAUCAACACCCUCCAAGUCACCUCUGAAGAUGACUACGACGCCUACCCAGGUCACACAGAACGAUCGAGUCGCUGAGGAUCACGCGGAGGCUGCUACGCCCCGUGCAGAGCCGGCAGAUGACACACCUGCCGAAGAUCCUGGACCAGAGUUCGACCCUAUCCAGCUGCAGGACUUUUUGAACAUGACCAACAUUCAUUUCAUGGAGCUAGACACCACGAAAAGACGCCACACGAUUGCUCCUGAUAGUACCCGUAAAAGAGCGGCUAGACUUUCCAGCGAUGGUGAUCGGUCCAGCGCUGCCAAUUUUGAGGACUGCGUUGCUGCUGGCAUCUGCACCGUGCCAAUGCUGGAGUUGUAUCAGCAUUCGUGUCGGGAAUUGAAAUCGUACAUCUCGGAGGGCAGACAGGUCAUUCGCUCCAUCGAGACGGAGACCUUUGCCGACAAUCCACCCCUUUUCCGGGAGUACAUGACAGCGGCUCCUGAUAUUCGUCUAUUGAUGGAUAACCAGUUCCGAAACGUGAAGACUCAUGCUCGGCUUCUCAGUAAAGCUACGUGGUAUGAGUGGCGGAUGAAAUUGCUCGAAGGCUUGAAAGAGGGCCUGAACGGCCAUGUUGAAGAAUUGAAGGCCGAUGAAGAUCGUCUGUCGAAACACGAGACGCUCCUAAAUGAUAUUGUGCCUGCGCUUACCGAGAAGCAUGCUGCUCUUGAGGGCGAGGCUACGACCUUGCAGCAAUUGGCCGACGAAAUGGAGAACUGUGACCAGGAGGAGCUGCGCGGUGCCCGAGAAAAGCUCUCCACGAUUGAGGAAGAGAUUGAAGCGAAGAAAAAGCAGCUGAAGCAGAUGCAAGCCGAGGUUCAAGAGAAGACUAAUACCCUUGAAAUCGGUGCGGAGGCUAAGGCUGAGUUUGUGGCUCAAAUCGAAGAAGCGGAGAGGGUUAAGGCAGAAUGUCGUGGAUGGAAUGCGAAGGAGAUCAGCGAACUGAAAGACUCGGUACACAAGAUCGAGCGCCAAACAGGCUGGUCGAUUGUCUCCGCGACAUCGUCUUCCAUGUCGCCAGGCCCGGUGGUCACAAUGUCCUAUCGCGCACAGCUCGAUCUCACCUUCCACCCCGGUGCCUUCUAUAGCGCCAACGAUGCCGAACAAUCUUCUUCCAACUCCGACGAGAAAAUGGGUGCCCCCAUUGAACUGAAGUAUCAUCCUCGCAACGGCGCCAAGGCCGCAACUCAACUAUCCAAGCUCUCGUCCAUUGCACUACUCGUUUUGAAAUCCCUGCAGAACCACAUUGCAAACCUCAGCCAGCCCAAAGUCGCACCGAAGCACCUCCUCCACUUCAUCUCCGAGGCAUGGGACCUCAUGCUCAAUCUCGAAGAAGAGGCCCGCAUGCUAGAAUUCUGCGGCGUCACGAAACUCAAACUGUCCGAGUCCGACGACCAACCCUCCCUGCGAGCCCGCUGUACCAUCCUCCAAACCCUCCCAGCCGGAUCUAAAUCCACGACAAAGGCCCCGAGUGCAUCGGGACCUCGGAGAAUCGACGUCGACUUCGCAGUCAAGACGCGCGUGAUCUCCCCUGCCGACUCUGCACCCCUCGGGUCCGUCGGCGUCCUCGAUUUUGAGACCAACGUCCUCGCUAGCAAGGUCUACGGUUUCCAGAAAGAGAGCGGCAUGUCCGAGCCGGAAAUGCAGAAACUUCUAUCUAAGGAACUCGGUGCCAAGAGUUCCGGCCUUCAGCUUGGUGGAGGAGUCUGGAGUAAAGCCAUUCAGAUGCUUACCGGAAAGGCCUUCUAG